UCUGCUGGGUGACUUUCAUUCCAGUUGUUGGGAUGGAAGGCUGAAUGUACGGUCAUUUUGUAUGGGAUAUGCAGAGCUCUGGGUUUUUUUGUUUUUUGUUUUUUGAGACGGAGUCUUGCUCUGUCGCCAGGCUGGAGUGCAAAGGUGCGAUCUCGGCUCACUGCAACCUCCGCCUCCCGGUUCAAGCCAUUCUUCUGCCUCAGCCUCAGCGAGCAGCUGAGACUACAGGCUCACGCCACCACGCCCAGCUAAUUUUUUUGUAUUUUUAGUAGAGACGGGGUUUCACCAUGUUGGCCAGGAUGGUCUCGAUAUCUUGACCUCGUGAUCUGCCCGCCUCGGCCUCCCAAAGUGCCGAGAUUACAGGUGUGAGCCACCGCGCCCGGCCAGAGCUCUGGGUUUUAAUCCUACUUUAGCUGUAGAACCUUGGGCAAAUAACUUCAUCUUUUUGGGUCCUAAUUUUCCUCCUCUCUAACUGGAGGGACUGUGAUCUUUCCACCUUGGAUGGAAGAGGCUUACCUGACAGCCAGCCUGCCUGCUGGGAGCCAGGAGAGUCAGCUCAUUAAAUCUUGAAGAACCACUGUAUGCCCUUUUUCCUUCUAAGUCAUGUCUGCUGCCUGUGAGCCUGGGAAGGAGUGCUUUCAAAACCUGUAUUUUUGCCCUCUUUAGUAAAUUUGGAACUGUAGAGGCUAAUAAACUGCGAAGAGACAUUUAAGCUCUGCUCCAAAGAAGUGAACGACUCUUUCACCACCCCUUGCAUCCCAAACCUUCGGUUCUGGCAGAGUUCUUGCCGCAGAGGUUCCUUAGGAGCACCCCGCGCGGCGCGCGCCCGCGCGCGCGCCUGCGCAUCGAACUCCACCCCCUUCCCCGCGGGCCUCGGUUCAAACGACCCGGUGGGUCUACAGCGGAAGGGAGGGAGCGAAGGUAGGAGGCAGGGCCUGCCUCACUGGCCUCCCUCCCAAACCCAAGAGCCCAGGCCCAUGGUCCCCGCCGCCGGCGCGCUGCUGUGGGUCCUGCUGCUGAGUCUGGGUCCCCGGGCGGCGGGAGCCCAAGGCCUGACCCAGACUCCGACCGAAAUGCAGCGGGUCAGUUUACGCUUCGGGGGCCCUAUGACCCGCAGCUACCGGAGCACCGCCCGGAGUGGUCUUCCCCGGAAGACAAGGAUAAUCCUAGAGGACGAGAAUGAUGCCAUGGCCGACGCCGACCGCCUGGCUGGACCAGCGGCUGCCGAGCUCUUGGCCGCCACGGUGUCCACCAGCUUUAGCCGGUCGUCCGCGAUUAACGAGGAGGAUGGGUCUUCGGAAGAGGGGAUUGUGAUUAAUGCCGGAAAGGAUAACACCAGCAGAGAGUUUCCCAGUGCGACUCCCAAUACAGCGGGGAGUUCUAGCACGAGGUUUAUAGCCAAUAGUCAGGAGCCUGAAAUCAGGCUGACUUCAAGCCUGCCGCGCUCCCCCGGGAGGUCUACUGAGGACCUGCCAGGCUCGGAGGCCACCCUGAGCCAGUGGUCCACACCUGGGUCUACCCCGAGCCGGUGGCCGUCACCCUCACCCACAGCCAUGCCACCUCCUGAGGAUCUGCGGUUGGUGCUGAUGCCCUGGGGCCCGUGGCACUGCCACUGCAAGUCGGGCACCAUGAGCCGGAGCCGGGCUGGGAAGCUGCACGGCCUUUCCGGGCGCCUUCGAGUUGGGGCGCUGAGCCAGCUCCGCACGGAGCACAAGCCUUGCACCUAUCAACAAUGUCCCUGCAACCGACUUCGGGAAGAGUGCCCCCUGGACACAAGUCUCUGUACUGACACGAACUGUGCCUCUCAGAGCACCACCAGUACCAGGACCACCACUACCCCCUUCCCCACCAUCCACCUCAGAAGCAGUCCCAGCCUGCCACCCACCAGCCCCUGCCCAGCCCUGGCUUUUUGGAAACAGGUCAGGAUUGGCCUGGAGGAUAUUUGGAAUAGCCUCUCUUCAGUGUUCACAGAGAUGCAACCAAUAGACAGAAACCAGAGGUAAUGGCCACUUCGUCCACAUAAGGAGAUGUCAGUAUCUCAACCUCUCUUGCCCUUUCAAUCCUAGCACCCACUAGAUAUUUUUAGUACAGAAAAACAAAACUGGAAAACACAUUGUUUGGUCUUGUGUUUCUUUACAGAGGUACCUGAGGGAGGAGAGACAUAAAUCUCUUCAUCCCUAAGACUGAACUGUGUAACUAGCAGCCUCUGGCUUGUUUCCUACUCCCUGUUCCUCAGGAUAAAAUGUUGAUAUUGCUCAUUUUCCUCAUUUCCAACAUUGUUUUAAAACAAGUACUUCUUUUACAGGCUUGAAAAAUCUCAAAUAAAUGCUAAGAAAAGGGAGUAGGAAGAACAAGGAGUUGAGCCCUUGAAAGAUGACAGUGGUCUUCUUGCCUUCAUAAUGCUUGGCCCUCUCUCCUCAAAAGGGCAAUGUUGGUACAAAAUUCCAUCUCAGCCACUUUCGAGGAGUUAUCUUCAUUAGCUAUAUCCAUCCUUCACACACCUGCAAUAAUUACUGUGCAACUAUUUUGCUUAAUUUUUUUAUUUGAAAAAAUGUAUUUAAAAGUCCAACAACUUUUUAAUAUAAAUUAUGACUCUCAAACCCCUUCCCAUCACUUUAUUAGUGAUGGUAGCGUACGUAUUAGAGAAGGUAGCUAAAGGCAAGAGAGCACCAAAGGAAAAAGACUGUGUCCAAAGAACAGGUAUUAGAAUGAGGCCGAAGAUCAUGGUGACCAGAGAUUUCCAGGAGUCUCUAACCUUUCUACCCUAUCCUGUUAACCCUUUAGAUCUCUAGUAUAACACUCAGGCUACUGAGGUAUUUUAGGGCAACAAGCUGGGUUACUUUCAGAGCAACCAGCUUGACUGGAACUGAGAGUAAAUUGGGAAUGUAUGACCAAU